AUGCCUCCAGAACGGACUAAUGUACCGGUGAAGCUGUCCCUGCCAUUGCAAUUUCAGCAGGAACUCUUCACUGAACUACGCGCCGAAGAUGAGCUAGUCAUCCUUGCCCGCGGUCUAGGGCUUUUACACUUGGUAACGAACCUUCUUCAUUUCUACGAUGCGGCAGGAAACAACCUAGUCCUGGUAGUCGGUGCAGAUGAACGCGAGAAUGAAUGGAUUGGAGAGGCAUUGGUGGAGCAUUGUGCUACCAGCAAGUCUCCUCUUGGCAGGGGAUUGAAAGUGAUCAAUACCGAGAAGGCUACUGUGUCGAUGCGAGAGAGGAUAUAUGCCGAAGGGGGUAUUCUGAGUGUAACAUCCAGAAUACUGGUUGUGGACUUGCUAUCGAAACUUCUUGAUCCUGAGAAGGUCACCGGCAUGGUCAUUUUGCAUGCCGAUAAGGUUUUGGCGACAUCCCUCGAGGCGUUCAUUGUCCGGGUUUAUCGUCAGUCAAACAGGAACGGCUUCUUGAAAGCAUUCUCGGAUUCCCCGGAGCCAUUCACAACCGGCUUUGCCCCGUUGGCCAAUAUGCUGCGGAAUCUUUUCCUACGUAAAGCAUCGCUGUGGCCUCGAUUCCAUGUCUCUGUCAACGAGUCGGUAGAGGGUGAUCGCAAGGCUGAAGUGAUUGAAUUGGAAGUUCCCAUGAGUGACAAAAUGAGGGAAAUCCAGAAUGCUGUUCUUGAGUGUGUAGAGAUCAGUAUCACUGAGCUCAGGAAGAGUAACACCGGACUUGAUAUGGAAGAAUGGACGUUGGACAGUGCUCUGCACAAGAACUUUGAUAUGAUUAUCAGACGUCAACUAGACCCAAUCUGGCAUCGUGUGAGCUUUAGGACAAGACAAAUCGUCAGCGACUUGACAGACCUACGAGCAGUUCUUCAUGCUUUACUUAGCUACGAUGCUGUAUCUUUCGUGAAGUACCUCGACACUAUUGUGUCUGCGCAUGCCCCGCCUCCGGGCUCAAACAAAUAUAAUUAUUCUCCGUGGCUUUUCCUUGACGCCGCUCACGUCCUUUUCCAGACAGCAAAAUCGCGGGUCUACGAGGGCAAACUGAACAAUGAACUGACCCGCCUUUCGUCCUCAACUACGUUCUCUUCUGAACUGAACCCGGCCCUGGAGGAACUUCCGAAGUGGAAUGUCCUAGCAGAGGUUCUUGCAGAAAUAGAACAUGACGCUUAUCUCCAUCCGGCUCGUAUGGAUCAGUCAAAUAGUACCAUAUUGAUUAUGUGCAGCGAUCAACGGAUAUGCCGCCAGCUCCGCGAGUACAUUAGCACUAUGCAUACCAAAAUUGCCCAAGGGCCCGGAUCCGAAGAUGAGGACGGUAAAAGGGAGGAAGAACCUUCUGCGGAACUCAUGAUGCGUCGUCGGCUGCGAGAGUAUCUCAAUUGGAAAAGGUCGCUUUCAAAUGUCAACAAAAAUCUUUCCCAGUCAGGAGAGGAUAAUAGAACUGGAAAGCCUUCCGAAUCAUCGGCGGCCCAGAGUUCGCAUCAAGGACGGCCUCCUCCAAAUAAGCGUCGUCGAGUACGUGGUGGUGGUGCAGUCACCUCAGCCGCAGGGCGUGUCCCAAAUAGCAGUGUCCAAACUGAAACCGAAUUGCCUGCUCAAGUCGUCAGUCUGCUAAGCGAGAUAAAGCCCACCGAAAUGGAAGAAACACAGAAAGAAGAGAUAAUCAUCGAUGAAAUGGAGGAUAUGGAAGAGUUCUACGAAUUGUACGAUAUGAACGACCUAGUCAUGAUACAUCCCUACGACGGUGACAUGGAUGAGCAUAUCCUCGAGGAGGCACGCCCACGCUACAUCAUCAUGUACGAACCCGAUCCCGCAUUCAUUCGAAGGGUAGAGGUAUAUCGCAGCUCCCAUUCUGGGCGGAACGUGAAGGUUUAUUUCAUGUAUUACGGUGGCUCUGUCGAGGAACAGCGGUAUUUGAGUGCUGUCCGUCGAGAGAAAGACUCAUUCACAAAGCUGAUCAAAGAGAAAGGAAACAUGGCAGUUACUUUAACGCAUGACAAAAAGGCUGAAGAUCCGCAAGAGCAAUUCCUUCGAACAGUCAAUACCCGUAUUGCCGGCGGAGGACGAUUAGCAGCCACAGCAUCCCCUCCUCGGGUUGUGGUCGAUGUGCGCGAAUUCCGAAGUGCACUUCCAUCUCUGUUACAUGGCAACAACAUGAUCGUGAUUCCCUGUCAACUCACCGUGGGCGAUUACAUUCUCACGCCAGACAUAUGUGUUGAAAGGAAAUCGAUCCGUGAUCUCAUCAGCUCUCUCAAGAACGGCCGCCUCUACAAUCAAGCUGAGACAAUGCUCCAGUAUUACAAGACUCCCUUGUUGUUGAUUGAGUUCGAUCAGAACAAAUCGUUCACGUUUGAUGCGUUUGCCUCUGUUCCGACAGGGCCUACGUUUAUGACUGACUACGGGUUUUCAUCCUCUGGUACUGCAACUAGUACUAGCAGCAGCUCGCUCGCCAACCCUUCCAAUCCCAAAUCCGCUCAGCAUCUACUUGUGCUCCUAACUCUCGCCUUUCCACGCCUCAAGAUCGUCUGGUCCUCUUCCCCCUAUCAGACAGCCGAGAUUUUUGCAGAGCUCAAAAAGAACGCCCAGGAGCCAGAUCCUCUCCGCGCAGUUCAGCUAGGACUUGAUAUUGAUAUCACUAAUUCGUCUGGCUCGGCCGACGUCAUGGCUGCCGCUGGGAUUGAACACCGUACCUUCAAUCUUCUUCCACAAGAUAUGUUACGAGCUGUAACGGGUGUCACCCCACAAGCCCUAGAGCGGCUGAUCAUUGAAACGGACAAUAUUAGCGACAUCGCCAACAUGAAUGUUGAGCAGCUGGAUCCGUUGGUUGGUAAGGAAGCUGCGCGAAAGAUAGUUGCAUUCUUCCAGAAGAGCGUAUUCGAUUGA